UCCAACUGCCUUUACGUACAGGUGCAGCUAGCACUCCAUCCAAAAGUCCAGUUUGCCUGUCUGAGUGUUGUUAUUAAUUCGGAGCUCUAUUUUACUUCGUGUUCUACGGUAGCAAUUGCGCAUUGCCGAUGCGAAAGUCAAUAUGCAAUCCAAAGGAACAACAAUCAAGGACGCUCUUGCCAGAUGGACAGAAAAGAAUAAAGAGGCCGGUACAGAUGUGAAGGUGUCUGAAGCCACAGUUGUCAAGCUGUACUUCCAAGUUCCUCCAAUAGAGAAGAUGGAUGCCUCACUCUCUACACUCACAGCAUGCGAGACGCUAUCCUUGUCAACAAACUGCAUAGAGAAGAUUGCCAACCUGAAUGGGCUGAAGAAUUUGAAGAUUCUGUCACUGGGCAGAAAUUUAAUCAAGAAUCUCAAUGGAUUGGAAGCAGUUGGGGAAACUCUACAAGAGCUCUGGAUUUCCUACAACAACAUUGAGAAGCUCAAGGGAAUACAGACACUCAAGAAACUCAAGGUCCUCUACAUGUCCAAUAACUUGGUGAAGGAUUGGAGUGAGUUUGACAGGCUACAUAACCUGGACAACCUGGUGGAGUUACUGAUGGUAGGGAACCCACUGGAGGAGAAACACAGCGCGGAGGGAGAUUGGAGAGACAGGGCUACCAAGCCACUACCUCACCUCAAGAAGCUAGACGGAGUACCCAUCAUCAAACAAGACGAGGAAGAAGAGGAAGCGGAGGACUAGUACAACUCUACUAAGAGAUUGUACUAUGAGAGGCAACCUCCUCAUGAGUGAAAGAUCCUUCCUGUUUGGUCAUCAGAGGAAUAAUUAGUUUGUUCAUCGUCAACCAUUGAGAAAAUAUCAUUCUCUGGAUGGCUCUCUUGAAUCAAGUCCGUCCAUUUUACCUGUCACUGUCCAUCCAUCUUAGGCCUUUGAGAAAAUAAUUCACUGGAUGACUCUCUUGUAUAAAUACUACGUCCAUUUUACUUCUGUCAUUCAGAAAAUCAUUCACAAGCUGGCCCUCUCAGAAAAUUACUCAGUCCAUCCUCUGCCUUAGAGAAAAUCUCUCUUUGAAUGAACUUAAAUAAUAAGUCCGUCCAUGUCCUGAAUAAUUGGUUCAUCCAUUUGUGGUCUGGUACACUGAUCAUUCAGUAGGUUUUAUUUGAAAACAGAAUCAAUAAGGCUAAUACUUUGAAAACACUUUUCAGCUAAAGCCAGAUUUGAUGUGAUAUGGUUAGUUGUAGCUGAAACCUCAUUCUGGUAAGCAUUAUUUUGCUGAGUUGAGCCACUUUUUGUGCUUAAAGAUAGGGUCAUAGAUGG